AUAAUAAUAUCGGAUAUUAAAAAAAUCAUCAAGGCUAUUUGUUUUUUUUCUGGAAAGUUGAAAAUUAUUUGAACAUGCUGAUUUUAGCAGAAAUACACUGAUUAGAUUCAGAAGGCUGCUAUCAGGAGUGCGCAUACCCUUGCCUGAACACUUCUGGAUAUCCUUGGAAUACCACUUUAUGACUAGCCUUAUAAAGCAGCUAUGCAAUCUACAGACCAGUCAGGAACAAAGGAUCAAGAAAGACGGAGAGAGAAGACUAUUGGAAAACAACGUUGACAGAGAUUUCUUUAUCAACUGUAUCAAGUAUUUAGAUGUUCAACACUACAAAGAUGUCACUGAGGAGAGAGCUAUUGUUAAACUAUGUGGUUACCCUCUCUGUACAAAACAUUUAGGGAAGAGUCCAUCUAAGAAGUACCACAUCUCCAUGAAAGUUAACAAGGUGUUCGAUAUAAGUGAGAGGAAGAACUUUUGUAGUAAUGGUUGCUAUCAGGCUUCCAGACACUAUGAGAGCCAGAUACCUACAGAAGCUGUCUGGCUCAGAGACACAGAGCCCCACACUACAAUCACCUUACUGGAGAUUAACAAAUUCAGUGGUAAACCAGGACAGGAAAUUGUACUGAUUAACCCCAAAGAUGCCCUUCGCAAUGACCCUUCAUUCCUACCAGAGGGCACCACCAUAGAUGACCCCACGCCUAGUUGCUAUGGUGACAUACCCUGUCAACAAAACACUGGUGACUCAAACAAUAAAACAAAGAAACCAAAAGAUAAAAAUCGUAAAGCUAAACAUAAUAUCCCUAAUACAAAAAGUGAUGACACUGAUAGGGACAUCUCAUCAAACGUUAACACAAAGGAACAUAUACAAGCAAAUGAUGGUGUAAAGUGUAAAAAGGCAGCUGAUUCACAUGAUAAACUUACAUAUCUGAUGUCACUAAUUGAUUUGAAAGAAUCAAUCACUGAUAAAGAACACACAGGGAAUGUGAAAGAUGACGAACAUCUGCUCAAAGAAUCAAAAUCAAUUAGCCCUGAUGACAAUAGGAUCUCUAGUCAUGAAACAAACAUUACUCAUGACAGCAAAGCUCAUGUUGAUGAAACUAGUAUAAAUACAAUUGAUCCUCAUAGUCAAAUUGGAGGUAGCUCUAAACAGGAAGAGAAUAAAAUCACACUGAACAAAGCUACUGAUAGUUUAGAUUCUGAUGACGAUUCUGAUACUUAUGAAGAAAAUGAUAUUGUAACAAAUGAUAAUACUAUUAAACAAAGAGAUAUAACCAGUGAGAUAAAGGACAAGACUACUGAGGUAUUAAACACAAAGAUACAAGUGCAAUCUGUAGAGAGUUCAAACAUUUCAAAGCAAGCCAUUGGAGACUCCGCAGUUGCAUCAAACAAACCCAUGAAUUUACCACAAGAAACUGUUACAAUAACAGAUGCAAUAGAAAAAUGCCUUCGUGAAUGGAAAACUGCAGACACUGUACUCUAUCUGUUAGGUGAAUCCCCCCAGAGCAAAAAGGAGCAUGAAACACCUGUAAAUGAUGAACACCAGGAGAUCAUUAAAGCAGUUAAAAAGAAACAAGAGGAAAAUGAACAGUUGCGUCGGGACGAUGAACAGUUUCAGGAGAAAGUGAAAGAUUAUUUUAAGGGACAGUUUCAUAAACCAAAGCCCAAUAUGGAUGACCUUGAUAUAAGAGAGAGGGACACACAGGAACAAGCAGCAGAGUCAGUUCUCCCUAUGGUAGACUCUCUCUCCCAAAAUGCUAUCAGGAGAAAGAUCUUACUGGGGAAACUACAUAAAGGGUUGUCCCCAUUGUUAACCAACCUUGGCCUCUCAACACAUGAUGUUUCUACACCCUUGAGGGAUCUUGUCAAAACCUUCAUGCUGACUAACCGUAAUGUCAUUUUGAGGCCAGUUGAGCUUACUAUGAUGGUCCUUGUACUCUUAUACAUUUUGAGCGAGAGAGAACCAAAUAUAAAGAUGGCUUUGAGCUCAGCUUCGGCAAAGAACUACAUGAAAUGCUGCUUAUCAUCUUUAAAUGUGGAAGUAAAUUGGCUUGAACAUUUACGGGAUCUUAUGUUGGCAUCUUGAGAGGACACGUCCAUAAUAUGAUUAAGAUUUAAAGGACAGACAUUCUACAAUUGAGAUGACAGAGUAUAUUGUACAGGGCAAACGGGUCAUAAAAUAUUACGGGACAUUGCAUCAUUCAUUCACAGAAGAAACAUGUGUAACUUACCAAAUGAUAGGGAUUUCAAAUAAUAUAAUAAGAUGUAUUCACAUGCAGGGUUCGAUCUUAGCGGUAGUUUGACAUUGUGCUCCAAAAACUUGGUGGCCUUGGUGGCAAAUGCUUACUACCUCAAAAAGGCAGGAAAUAAUCAAGGAUUUUAAUUGCUACCUAAAUAUGGCAAUUUGCUACUUGUUUUUGGAGAAGAUAACAAAUCCUUGCUACUGGCAAUAAAAAAAAUUUAAGCUCAGUCCCUGAUAUGUCACAUAUCUCUAGUGCUGAGAAAUAACGACAAGU